AUUCGGGCCGCCCAUAAUCACAAUUCAAAAUUUAUUUGGGUCCUUCUGAGUUCUGACCAAUAGCCGUCUCCGUAGGAGUCCGUAAUCUCCGAGCUUCGGCUACACCUUCUCAAAUCUUCAGCUUUUUGCUCCCUCGCACAGAAACUCUCCUGUCUAAACUGUUCGGGCAGAUUUUCCGGAGAUUUCGUACUUCAAGAGCAGCCGAAGAUCACCAAAGAGAUACACGUACGCUCGCAGAAAGUGGAAGUGCGUUUGAAAUACUCUGUUACAGUUCCGGUGUUUGUUUUUUCCAGAAGAGGAACUGUAAGCAGCGGAGAAAUGUUGGAUAACGAGAUGGAGGAUAUGGUGGAGUAUACGUUCACGGUGGUGGAGAUUGAUCUGGAUUACGAAUUUGACGCGCCGCGGCACUUCAAUUUCUGCGGCGGAGAGUCUCCGGUGGAGGCGCGUGCAGCUGAGAGCUGGUUUGAAACGGCCGGCACAUAUCCGCCGUCUCCUUUUGUCAAAAAAUUAGUAUCAAGCGAAGGCGAUUGGUGUGGAAACAUAAGUGCUGACGCUAAACCCAAAGAUGCCGAUAGUAUGAGUUUGUCAGAAAGUGGUUCUGAUAUAGAGGAUGUCUAUGAAACGCGUUCUUCUAGACAAGUGUGUAGUACAGCAGGAGAUAGAACAGGAAUUGCACCUAUGUUGGCUAGCACCACCAUGGUCAAAUUUCAAAAUCUACCAGAAGUACUACCAACAGGCUUGACAUUCUAUAAUCACCUUCUGAAAGAUAAUUCAAAAGCAAAAAAUAAGUAUGGUGGGAAGCCUUCAUAUCCCAGAUCCUCUACUCUAAUGAAACCAACAGCAAGUCACCUGGCCAAGCAGAACCCUUCCCACCUAGUUGGUGUUGUAAGAUUUCCUAAUUCGGUGCGUGAUGUAGCGGAGCCAAAAGCAAUUGUCAGUGAUAACCAAGCUAGCAAGAGACAGAAGCUUGAAGGUGGUCUGCUGCACAAGGUUACUGAUACAAAGGCACAAACAAACUUCAUUCAUAAGGCUCCUAAAAGGGAAAUGACCACAGAAAGAAGCAGAAAGUUUCCAAUUCCAAACGUUCCGGAUAAACCACGGAAAGAAACAGAAAAUGUGACAUCAGAUGUUUACAGAUUUAAAGCCCGUCCUUUGAAUAGAAAAAUGUUUGAAACUCCUUCACUGAUUCCAAAGAGAAGUACUCCACAACCACCCCAAUUUCAAGAGUUCCAUUUAAAGACAUCAGAGAGGGCUAAGCAGCACAAAUCAGCUACGUCUUCCAAUGUUGUUUCCAAUAAUACCAAUAAGGUAUUACAAAAUUCUAAUACCGGUUUCAGCUUCGAGUGCGAAAACAAAGAACGUAGAAAACCCAAUAUCACGGAACAAGUGAAACAAGAACGAUCAUUGUCAUCAAACAAGUUAAAAGCUCUCCCUCUUAAUAAGAAGAUACUUUUGAGCAGAGGAGAUAUGGGGGUUUUUCGUGACAUCAAGAAGGAAACCACUGUGCCCAUGGAAUUUAACUUUCUUACUGAAAAGAGAGGAGUUCAUCAUAAUCACUCUAACCCACCAAUCGAACUCUUUAACAAGUUAUCUCUAGCAUGUGGAACUCAAUCAAGUGCUGAGGCUCCUUCAAGGUUGAAACAGCCUCCCUUCAUAACUUCAAAGGGUUCUAAAGAAAAUAGAUGGGCAUACUUCCAACAAGACUGUGAGAUAAAACAGACAGACAAGGAAAAGUCACAAGGUCUUCUUGCAAAGCAGAUUCAAAAAUUUGGCGACAGGGUUGUUAACAACUUCAGGAGAUGAUAGUAGGAGAAAAGGUAGCUUUUCUUGGCCCCUUGGUGAUAAACAACACACAACCGUGUAAAUACAACAUCAGAUUUAGGAUGUUCAGCAUCAGCCUUUCCUGCUUCUUGUUUAAACUUGGAAGGUUAAUACAACAUAACAGUGUAAAUAGAAUGUUCAGAAAGGACGAAAGGGCUUUUUCCUGGAUGGUUUCAUUUGACUCGAAAAUAUCGCUCUUGCGCCUUAACAUUGUUCCCUAAAGAAGAUUUAGGAGCUAAUAAAAAGCCUUGCAAAGUUCAACAUUGUUACACUAAUUUGAGAUAUGAAAACUUGACAAGCACUGAAGCACAUUAAAAUUCAUACGGAUUAUUAAAAUUGUAAUGUAUGUAACUUAUAACACUAACUCAUGUUUUAUAGUGAGCUUCUCCCCUUUUUUUGAAGGAAAAAACCACUUAUGUUUAUGGCACAUUAUAAAAAAACUCAAAAAGACAAAGCUGACAACUAUUCAUAACCAACUAGUCAACAGUUAGACUUUGGAACGAUCACUAUCGUUAAUCAUGGAACGGGUGUGACACAAUAAUCACUGACUGUAUAGAUCUUUUUAACGACAUAAUAUCUAGUAGAAUCAUCAAUCCAUCAAUCCUUAUCAAACUUAGCGCAAAAGUAAGACCAUAAAUAAUAAAAUACUUGACAAAUACUCCAAACUUUUUCUUGCAAUAUUCUUGAAGUAUCAUACUCCAGGGUGACAAUUCAGGAGGGGGGCGGACCACCGAUCUGUUUCUCCCUUGCCAGAUGAUUUUGCAAUCGAAGAUAUCAAUAGCAGCACAUCCAGAAGCAGACCAUAGAGAGGUAGAGCGUGGUAACGACUGACCUCCCAUCGCCGAUCCAAAUCAUUCGCCGGAUAAGAAACGGUGCAAACCACUUGCAAGAAAGACAAACCCUAAACAAAAGUUAGGGAGAAGACACUUAUACACUGGUGUGAAACUUAAUAAUCAUGGUAAUAUGAAAGGAGAUGUGAAUAUAAUGCGGCAGAUGAAUUAGUAAAGGGGUUUUUGGCAAUAGUAGUCAAUUUGGUAUUUUUGACAUACAAAACUACCAUAAAUUUGGUAUGUUUUAUGCAUUUUGUUUUGAAAAUGAAAAAGGUUUAACUGGAGUAGAGCAUUAGUCAUUUAACUCAUUUGAGCUGAGCUUAUCAAAUCAGUAUUUUUAAAACAGUGCUUCAUCAUUAUUAUGAAAUCAGUAAUUUCAACAAUGCAAGAUUUGUAGAAAUGAUCACGGGAUGGUUGUUAGGGUUUUUUUUUACUUGGACUGAAACUUUUUGGCCUAGUCUGAUCUAGUCUGAUAAAUGUAACAUCAAUGUCUAUUUAACUUGUUUUUCCAAGUCACGAAUCAUUUUAGGAAUUGAUAUUGAUUAUGAGUAAUAUGUACAAGGGAUUCAAAUCAGAAGAAUGCUGAUAGUAAAGAUUAUUGAUGUAAAUUUUCCAAUUAACUAAGGUGAGAAAACUUUGCAAUGCAUAUAUUUGGGUAAAUUUUUGUCUGGUUUUCCCUCACCCAAGUCGUCCCUUGCCUUGCUUUUACACUUUUUAAUUUUUAUACCAGUAACCAGUCCGCACAAGUAAUUGUCUAAAAAAUGCAGGAGUUAUCUAUGGACAGACAAGGUGUGUGAAACAUGUACAUAAUUUGUGUCCACCAAGCAAAUCUCGUUUGGGAAAAGGCUCAACUAAGUUUAAUAAAGAAAAGCCUCAAAUUUAGUCGGUCCAAUUGUAAAGCCCUGCUAGGCUACUGCAGUAUUAUUAUUGUCAACAAUGCCUUUUGCAAGUCAAAAUGGAUCAAUGUGAAGCUAAAAAACAAGCCAAAAUAACAUCAAAUCUACACUCAUCGACUCUACUUCAAACCACAAAUAAACAAACACAAUAAUGAGCGCCAUCUAUAAGUUAAAAAGAUAACCAUAAUUUAAAAACUCCAUUCAUCUCUCAGUAAAUAGGUUUGCCAUAUUUUUCUAUUAGGUAAUCCCAAAAUGCAUUUCCCGUUAAAAAAACUAUGAUUACUUUGAGCAUUUCCAAUGCAAGAAUGUGCAAAAUCCAUGUUGCUUGAGACUUGAGAGAGAUAGAAACAGAAAAACAAAUCAUUCACAUUUCUCUUUCCACAGUUUUAUAUAAUUUUGUUGAGUUUUUCAAAAGAAUAUCAACUACAAUGUCUACAUCUAUACAUCCAUCUUGAUAAUGUGGAGAAAAAUUUACCUAUAGCAUAUAAGACCUUUCAAACAAGGAGAGAGAGAUAUUUCUCAUUAAUAUUUAUGUGUCUAUCUCUCUCAUAUCACAUGUGUACCGUUGCACAUUAUGGCACUGAAUAUGCUCAUACGUCUCUUUCUUCUAAAUAAAUCUUAGUCAUAUGGUUCUUAUUUUGUUAGUCCACGUGUAGGUUGAAGUUGGCAAACCUUUUAGAGACGGGGUUUAAAUAAAAAGAAGAUAGAAAAGAGCAAUAUACUAAUGUGAGUCUCAUUUUAUAUCUCAUUUUAAACGUGGGAUUAAUAAAGGCCAUGCUCAUGCCUUCAUUUUGGUGAGAAUUUUCAAAAACAAGUUUUGAACACCACAUUAAACUACAGGCAAUUACAUUUCUUAUCAAACGUAGUGAGAACAGAGGGUGGACGCUCAUCCAUUGACUGUCAUCCUUCCUUAUCCAACGUGAUUUGCCUGUUGGAACAAUUUGGAAACAUAGUAAAGCACACUUCAAAAAGCAACAGGCACAAUGCUUGAAAUGAAAUAAAGAAAAUGUUAUCUGCUUAUUAUACCUUGGUGCCGAAAUUCUAUUGUAGUAUUGGAGCAAUCAGCAGGCAUUGGUGCAUUAAAACAUUUUGGUUUGUGCAUCCCAACCUUAAACGAUACCUAAAAAAGCCAAUUACAAUUUGAAUUGCAAAUUAAUAGAGUGAAGACCCUGUAAUUCCAUCAUUCCAUGUCCAAUACUAUAUGACCAAAUUCAUAUAAAAUUUCUACACAUGAUAAGUUUAUACUCCGUAUUAUUUUAUACUAAAUUCCGUACAGGCGGUACAGAUAUUCAUUUAUUUAAUUGAAAAAGCUCUUAUCAAUAAUAAAAGAAUAUGACAAAAUUUAAGGGAUGGUUGAACACAUUACUCUCUCAGACCUAAAGAGAGAUACCUGGUUACUUGCUUGCCCCAAGAAAAAAUCAUAUUUGAUACCGAAACUAAAUUUACAUAUAAUUUUCCAAAAGAAAUCAUAAAAGUGACAUAAUAUGCAAACAUACAAUGUUAGUUUCCAAUCUUUAUUACUUGUACCUUAUUAUAAUGUAAAACAGUUGUGCCUUAUUAUAAUUUAUAACAGUUGUACCUUGGCCAAAUUAAAGGAUAAAUAAUAAUCAAGAUUCAAUUCAGAUAAGCUUGUGAUACGCUUAUGUAGUAGCUGGCUAACAGUAACAUGGAUAUGCAAUUGGCAAUUUUUUUGUAAAAACGGGUUUAACCAUGAAUAUGAUUUUGAUCCACUUUUCCCCAAAUUAAGACAGUCUUCUUGAAUUCAAAUGAGAUACAAAUAAAAUAGAAUUAUAGCACUAUAGGAAGACAUAUGCUUUCGAAUUGAUUUUUUUACAACUUCAAAAAUAUCAUUUAAUUUUAUAAUAAAAGCAUACAAUUAUAGCACCAUAUAAUAAGUAUAUAUAACACAAAAAUGGUUAAAUGCGAUUAAAUUUUAUGAAUAAUUUUCAAUUGAUGAGCUUCAAGUUUAAAACUGAACUUUUUUGUCAAAUCGUCACAAAACCAGAACAUGUGACCUUGGUUAUCAUAUGUUCAUAACGGAUACAGAGACAAUAUGAUGGUAUCGACUACUAAUACCUUGUGGAGGAGAAUCAGGGAUAGAAGCAUUAACCGAACCCCGGAGGUACAUCGGGGUCUUCAUCAAUGCGAUCAGAUGGGUGAUUAGUAUCCACGGCUUCGGGAAAUCCAGGAGAAGGUGCAGAUGCACCAUUUUCUUUGUUGAGACCCACAGGACGCCCUGAGCAAUGGGCCUCUAGAUUAGAUUCAUCUCUAACUUUCUCGUCAUGAGGUUUGUUUGGCACAUUAUCAGAUAGUGUACCAUUGACUGCACAUGUACCGCUGUUACUUCCAAGUCCCUUUGCAUCUGCCUCAAAGUUUUCGUUGGAAGACGUUUGACCUUCUUGAUGAGCAUUUGGGUUUAAUAACCUUUUGCAAACAGAUUGUACUGUUUCUGCUAUUUCAUUCUUUAUGCCAUCCACAGAUCUAAUUACCUUCCAGAUAUUAUCAGAAAUUUCACUCAUGACUUUUG